CCUGUGCUGACUUUGCAGGCUGCAGCUGAAGACAGUAAUGGGAAAGUAAAAGUGUAUCUCAGAGUUCGGCCCCUGCAGUCUACAGAGCUGGAAAAGGGGGAAGAUCAGGGCUGCGUCUGCAUUGAGAACUCGGAGACUCUGCUUCUAAAAGCCCCCAAGGAGUCCUUCACCAUGAAGAACACCGAACGUGGGGUGGGACACGCAGUGCAUAAAUUCACUUUCACCCAGAUCUUUGGGCCAGAUGUGGGGCAGAAGUUGUUCUUUGAUGCUACAAUGAAGCAGGUGGUAAAGGAUGUACUGAAUGGGCAGAAUUGGCUGGUUUACACCUAUGGCAUCACCAAUUCAGGGAAGACUCACACUAUUCAGGGUACCAUCAAAGAUGGUGGGAUUCUGCCUCGGGCCUUAGCAGUCAUCUUCAAUAGUGUGGGGGACCAACUGUAUCAAGCCAUGGAUCUGAAACCUUCACUCUCCAGCGAGGUGAUGUGGCUGGACAGCCGGCAGGCUCGGCAGGAAGAGACCAGGAAACAGACCUUGCUGCGGGGGGGUCUGUGGGAGGAGGAGCUAUUAACACCACUGAAGAGGAGUCACAGUGCUGAAUCCCAGCUUCAAGCCACCACAAGUGGCAGCUUUGACAGUGGAGUUGCUGGGCUCUCUUCAUCCAGUCAAUUUACCAGCCAUUCAGACCUCAGCCAGACAGAAGAACUGGGUCCUCGCUGGGCUGACCUGGACCGUAUUUCACUCGCUACCACAGCAGAUGUGCAGUUCUCCAUCUGGGUGUCCUUCUUUGAGAUUUACAAUGAGUUAAUCUAUGACUUGUUAGAACCAACUCCACCGGGCCAGAACCACAAGAGGCAGACACUGCGGCUUUGUGAAGACCAGACUGGUAACCCCUAUGUGAAAGAUCUAAAUUGGAUCAAUGUCCGUAAUGCUGAUGAGGCCUGGAAGCUCCUGAAACUGGGUCGGAAAAAACAGAGUUUUGCUAGUACCCACAUGAACCAGAACUCCAGUCGCAGUCACAGCGUCUUCUCUAUUCGGAUUCUGCACUUGCAAGGAGGUGGCAGUGAAGUUGUUCCCAAAAUCAGCGAGCUGUCACUGUGUGAUCUUGCGGGGUCGGAGCGCUGCAAGGACCAGAAAAGUGGGGACCGAAUGAAAGAGGCAAAUAACAUCAACACCUCCCUGCACACGCUGGGCCGCUGCAUUGCUGCCCUCCGCCAGAACCAGCAGUCCAAACUGAAGCAGACUGUGGUUCCCUUCCGGGACAGCAAGCUAACCCGAGUGUUCCAGGGGUUCUUCACUGGACGUGGACGCUCUUGCAUGAUUGUCAACAUUAACCAGUGUGCAUCUACAUAUGAUGAGACUUUGUACGUAGCCAAGUUUUCAGCCAUUGCCAGUCAGCUUAUCCAGGCACCUCCCACAAAGGUAGGACUUCCAACCAUACAGUCAAUUAUCAAAGAGCACAGCAGGCGAACCAGCCAGGGGCCAGAGGCAGUGGCAAAACAAGUGGAAUCGGAAGAUGACAGUGAGGAUGAAACGGAGAUCACCAUGUAUGAGAAGGAGGACUUGUUGCGUAUAGUGGAUGCAGCACGAGAGCUGCUGGUGCAAGAACGGCAGGAGAAGCUGCAACUAGAAAUGCGCCUCCGUGAAGAGAUCUGCAACGAGAUGCUGGAGCACCUGCAACAGAAAGAGCAGUGGUGCAGCCAACACGUGGAUGCCCAGAAGGAGUUGCUAGAGGAACUGUAUGAAGAUAAACUGAACAACCUGAAGGAGGCACUUACUGACUAUUACCAAGAGAAGAUCCAGGUCCGUGAUGAGAAGAUAGAGGAGCUCCAAGCUGCUCUGCUGGAGGAAAAACAAAAACUGGAGAACCUGCAUACUAAGGCAAUGGGCUCAGAACAAGGCCUGCGUAGAUCAAAGCGAGUGGCUGCCUCAGGCACUCUGCAACAGGAACUGCUUGAAACUAAAGCCAAACUAGAGCAGUGUCAGACAGAGCUGAAUACAGCAACAGCAGAGCUACGCAAAUACCAGAAAUUAGUGGAGCCACCUCCCUCUGCCAAACCUAUUACAAUGGAUGUAGACAGGAAGCUGGAGGAAGGACAAAAGAAUGUCAGAUUGCUGCGGUCGGAACUGCAGAAACUUGGGGAGUCUCUGCAGUCUGCAGAGAGGGCGUGCUGCCACAGUACGAGUGCAGGGAAGCUCCGAGAGGCCCUCUGCACUUGUGAUGACAUUCUGGCCAGACAGGACCAAACACUGGCAGAACUGCAGAACAACAUGAUGCUGGUAAAAUUAGACCUGAGGAAGAAAGCAGCUUGUAUUGCUGAACAGUACCACACUGUGCAGAAGCUCCAGGCUCCUCCAACAUCUACCUUAAAGAAACGGUUCUGUGCCAACAGGGAAAACCUCCAACCAACUCCUGGUAAAAAGCCCUUUCUGCACAACCUUCUAUCACGUUCAGCUACCCGUCCUGCUGGCAGAGGGUGGCAGCUUCGUUCGGUUGCUCUAUGACUUUUACCAAAGAGAUCUCUGCCCCACUAUUAUUGGAACAGGUGGCAAAUCCAAUAUAAUAGCAUCUGUUUUUCUUUGUGCGCUUGUUUUUUAUUAUUGUAGCUGCUUGAGAGCUUAUGUAAACGUUUGUAUAUGUAUAGUUAAACUUUUUAAUCAAAACCAAAGUGGACAAAUGAGGUUUGUAACAAACACUAAAAUGAGGAAAGGUCUUUAAAUAUAAAAUAAUGUGCAUGAUCAAAGUUGUUUAACAAAAGUACAGGUUAAGUGAGUUCUCUUCAACUAUAUUGGCACAUAACUCAGUUCACAGGAUCCUCUGUGAAAGAUAUUUCUGCCUUCCUUGAAUUAUAAUCCUUUAUUAAAGUAUACACGUUCUAAUUCGGGGCUGCUCUCUCGGAUCUUGGCUUGCAGUUCUGGCUCCAAGCGUGCUACAGCCAUGGAACUAAG